AGAAUAAAAUGUGUGGCAGCAGGUUUGUUUAGUAAACAAAAACUAAUAUUUGCGUGAAUUUUCGUUUCAUUUCAGGUUGAAAAAGUUAUUGACUAAUUGAUAUGAAAGGAUGCAGAUUUUAGAUACUCCUCCGUCAGCAAUAUCAUCUUCUGCAGAAUAUAUAAGCUUCAGAAGUAGAGUUCCACAAAAGAAAAUAAUUGUUGACCAAGAUCCAACAAAAGUUUGGACAUUGUAUGAUGCAGGGCCUCGGAACAUAACUUGCCCUAUAGUGUGUCUUCCACCUGUGAGUGGCACUGCUGAUGUUUUCUUCAAUCAGAUCAUGGCUUUAUCUGCAAAAGGAUACAGAGUUAUUGCAGUGCAGUAUCCUGUUUAUUGGACUAUGAAAGAAUGGGUUACAGGAUUUAGUAAAUUGCUGGAUUUCCUGUCCAUCGAUAAAGUUCAUUUAUUUGGUGCUUCUCUGGGGGGAUUCUUAGCUCAAAAGUUUGCAGAGGCUACUAAUCACACUUGUACAGUAUUGUCUAUCAUACUUUGCAACAGUUUCACAGAUACUUCAAUUUUCAACUUCUCAAACACUGCUGUAUUAUUUUGGAUGUUUCCCUCAGUUGUUCUGAAAAGAAUGAUUAUGGGUAAUUUCAACAAAGGCUAUCUGGAACCAUCAAUUGCCGAUUCUAUAGAUUUUAUGGUUGAAAGGUUGGACAAUUUAUCUCAACGAGAACUUGCAUCUCGGCUUACUCUAACAUGUAUGAAUUGUUAUGUGGAACCACAAAAACUGACAGGAAUUCCUAUAACCAUUAUGGAUGUGUUUGAUGACAGUGCAUUGAGUAGUGCUGCUCGUGAAGAACUCUAUAAAUUUUAUCCAGAUGCCAAGAGAGCUCAUCUUAAGAAAGGUGGUAACUUCCCAUAUUUGAGCUGCAGUGAAGAAGUCAACUUACAUAUUCAGAUUCAUUUGCGAUCUUUUGAAGGAACAAAAUAUUCUGCUUGUGAUGGGCCUUCUUAUUCAAGUUCUUCAGAUAACACAAUUGAGAAAUAUUCAUAAAUUUAUUUUAUGCCAUGCCUCUUACUUUUUUAUUUUUUACAUAUUUUUAAAGAAAUAAAUAAUUACAUUUAGAAUUUAUUCAUGUUAUAAUGAAUGGGAUUGGAUUAAUUUUAACUGUGAUAAGUGUUGAAACUGAAUCGGAAAAUAUAUUUUUUUUUGUACAGUAUUUGGAUUAAUUGCUUUUUACAUGAAUGCACAAACUGUUCUAUAAAUAAAAAUUUCUGCUUUGAUAA